ACUCGGGCCCAGCCGCCCCCGGGCACCCCUGUAAACUGGUUGAUAAGCGUGGAGCCGCGCUGACUGGUGGAACGCCGUCAAGCUUCCUGUCAUGGCCAAUAACGGCCGGCUUUGCUGCAAAUUCUCAACAUGCGACCCACUGCCGGGUUUAACGCCCAUUUAUCGCCGUCACCAUAGCCAGGGUUCAGUUGCGAUGAUAUAAUAAACCGGGGCCUGCCCCAGGCCCGGAACCUGGUCUCUUUCCUGGGCAUUUUGGCUUGGCUUGUGGGAAACCCGAUUCCACUCUCCCCUUCCCGGCCCUGAUUCACGUUCCGGCUAUGGCUAAGGUUCACUCGGCAUCGGAAGCCGGAUCCACAAGAUCGAGGUCGACGUCGCGCUCCAGCUCCGAUGAUGACUCCUUGACCCAGCGACCAUAUCGAUUGGGGACGUUGAGGACACGGACAAGGUCGGGAUCCAGACACAGUACGACUCGAGUUGAUAGGGUGCAUUCGGGGAGACAUCUGGACGAUCAUUCCGUCUAUCACAGCGAUCAUGAGGAGGACCUGGACUCUUCAUCGGAAGACCAAGAGGAGAAGGUCGACCCCGUGCUCGAAGUGCGUGGGGGCAUCGUGAACGAGCGUGACCGGGAUCUGGAGACUGCUGCACCGGGCUUGGAAAAGUCGCGGACAGCCCGGUCAGACAAGUCCAGAGCAGACCCGAAACUGGUCAAAUGGAACGGACCCGAUGAUCCGGAGAACCCUAAAAACUGGCCGAUGAAGAAGAAAUGGGCGGCCGUGUUGACGGUCUCUUCCUUUACUUUCAUCUCGCCCGUGUCAUCCUCGAUGGUGGCCCCCGCCCUUAGUUCGAUUUCCGCCGAUUUCCACAUCACCGACGAGGUCAUCUCGCAGCUCACCCUGUCUGUUUUCAUCCUGGCUUACGCUGUCGGGCCGCUCUUCCUGGGGCCACUGUCCGAGAUCUACGGUAGAGUGAUUGUCUUGCAGCUGGCCAACCUGCUGUACCUGGUCUUCAACAUCGGCUGUGGCGUGUCACAAACCAAGGUGCAGAUGAUUGUCUGUCGGUUCUUUGCUGGGUUGGGCGGUAGCGCCCCACUGGCGAUUGGUGGCGGUGUCCUCUCGGACUGCUUCAAACCGGAACAGCGAGGCAAGAGUGUCGCCAUCUACAGUCUUGCACCUCUACUUGGGCCGGCCGUCGGGCCAAUUGCUGGCGGCUUCAUUGCCGAAAACACGACGUGGCGCUGGGUGUUCUACGCGACCUCGAUUGCGGACGGCCUCAUCCAAGUGGCCGGGCUUUUCUUCUUGCGGGAAACCUACGCUCCCGUGAUUCUUAAGAAACGCGCCCAGAAGCUCCGCAAGGAGACCAACGACCCCGACUACCAGACCGAAUUCGAGCGGCAGAACAAGACCCUGGGACAGGUCAUGCGCAGCGCUCUUAUCCGUCCCUUUCGCCUUCUUGCCACCCAGCCCAUCGUCCAGGCUCUGGCUGCCUACAUGGCUUUUAUCUACGGCACGAUGUACCUGGUUCUGUCGACCUUUCCCUCCCUCUGGACCAGCCCCGACUAUUACAACGAAUCUACCGGCAUCGGUGGGUUGAACUACAUCUCGCUAGGACUGGGCUUCUGGCUCGGCUCACAGAUCUGUGCUCCCCUCAACGAUCGCAUCUACCGCCGGUUGAAAGCGCGGAACAACGGUGUUGGGAAACCCGAGUUCCGCGUGCCCCUUCUCUACGUCGGCGCUCUUUUCAUUCCUUCCGGCUUGUUCAUCUACGGCUGGACGGCGCAAACCCACCGCCACUGGAUUGCACCCAACAUCGGAGCCUGUAUGUACGGGAUGGGCAACAUCAUCACGUUCCAGUGUCUGCAAACGUACAUUGUCGACUCGUAUACGCGGUUCGCAGCCAGUGCAUUGGCAGCGGUGGCUUGUAUGCGGUCGUUGGCGGGAUUUGGAUUUCCGUUGUUUGCGCCGUACAUGUACCAGGCGUUGCAUUACGGAUGGGGGAAUAGUGUUUUGGCGUUUGUGGCCAUUGGACUGGGAGUACCGGCGCCGGUGUUCUUGUGGCGAUAUGGAGAGACGUUGCGGAAAAUGAGCACCUAUGCGGCGGGUUGA